UCAACAAAAACAAGCAAUAAUACAGGAAGAAAUUAAGUGUGUGGAAGGAGAAGGCGAAAUCUGGACGAUGUCUGAGGCCAUCUUACGUGGGACCAGUCACCAUUUCCUCCAUCACUGAUCCAGCUAAAACCUUACUCCCUUUUGUCACGUUGGCUGUCUCUAUAGAUGCCACAGUCUCCCUCCCUCCCUCUUUCUAUCUUUGCUGUGCGGAUGUUAUUAAUACCACCAUCCCCCCUCUCAACUCUCUAUAACUUUCCACUUCCAUUCCUUCUCUUUCUCUUAUCAUCUUUUUUCCUCUCCUUUUGUCAUCCAUUAAUUUACAGUACUAUAUAUUUUAGUUUUUCUUACAAAAAAGAUUAUAUAAUAUAUCAUGAUGAGCUUUUGUAAGAAAAGUGUUUACUCCUUCUUAGCUCUUACAUAUCAUCCCAUGAGUGUUAGUAUUGAUGGAGAAUAUAAUUCUAGCGUUGAAAAGCCUUCUUGCAAAUGCCAAGGUGUUUGCAGUUCGCCCCCCGCAGGAGGAUUAGGGUUAAUAACGGCAACAACAUGUGAUCCUAUCCACAAAACUCCAAACAUUCUUGAAUCAACAACUAUCAAACCCUCUUCACCUUCAACCACGCCACCUAACUCGCCAUCACCACCAUCAUCUAUAGCCUCCAUCUUUAAAAAAGACCCGCGUGGGAUUGGAUUCCUUGAUGAUAUUGGUGGUGGUAUUGAUGGUUUGAUGUCUUGCACUGAGAGUCUAGGCUUUGAGAGCUCUGAUGAAAGAAGGUUUGAUGAUGAGAUUGAGUUAUGUUCAAGGGAAAGAUCAACAAUAACAAAGGUCAAAUGUAGGAAACUUGGUGAGAAAAAAGAAGCCAAGAAAUUUCCACCACCUCUUUCCUCUUUAAACCAUAAUGGUCAACCUAAUUUUUUCCUCAAGUCAGUGAGAAAAGAUGGCAGGCUUGAGUUGACAGAAGUUAGGAUUGAUAGGCAUGAAAUAUUACGUGCUUCACGGCAAAAUGGAAGGUUGCGAUUACAUUUUGUUGCAGAUGAAGAAUAUGAAGUUGAUGAAGAAGAACAUGAGCGAGAGCAAGAACAACAACAAGAACAAGAACAAGAAGAAUAUCUGGAGGUAGAAAAGGAGGGUCAAAAAAAGGAGGAGGAGGAGGUUAAAGAAGACAAUGAAGAAGAGAGUGUAGGGGAAUGGGGAUUUCAAGUGAACGGAGAAGGGUUAAGAACAAGGUGUCAUGAGCUGGUGGUUCACCACCACGAUUACCACCGCCAUAACCACCAUAGCAUUAACGUUUGGAGCCACCAAUGUGUGCCAACAAGGUGAAGUUAUCAUGGUCACGUGAAAAUGUUAAAAAGAGAUAAGAAGGGUCUCUAACUUUUCUGUGUUCUUCUGGGCCUGUAAUUUUGUUCUGUUUCAAUUUAUCGGCCGCGUAGUAUUAGGCUAUGCGGACAGAAAUGGCUGAUAAGUCUCAACCAAAUUUGAAGUGGAUAAUAAAUUAAGGAAUAUUGUGCUUGACAGCAAUUGAAAAGAGCACUGUAUGUAUCCCUUAUUUUUCCAAAUUUAGAAGUGUUAGAUAUGGUUAUUUCAC